UGUGUUCCACGUGCUUAACUGAGUAACAGCAUGCACAUACACACGGGGAACACUGCCAGCACUAACAGUGACAUGGCUCUGGCUUCACAUGACUUGUCUGGGAGGGGACAGGCAGCUCCUGCUUGGAAACACACCCCCAGUGCCCUUGCCUAAACCCUCAUAAAGCUUUGACAGCAGUAAUGAAAAGUGAGGAGUUGAACUCUGGGCUCUGAAUAGACACAAAGGACCUCUCCUAGGCUACCAUCAGCAGGUGGUGAGCAAAGAACAGGCAGCCAGAGUUCAAGGGUGCUUGAAAAGAUAUGAUAGAGACUUUGAGGAAGUCAUUAAAAGGCGAUGUCCUGUCUGUGUGAAGUCCAUUGUCAUCUUAAAAUUGUGCAGUGCUUGGUAGGACAUCAAACACCACGACCGGUCCUGUGUCUGUCCACACAGAGGGGCUGAUAUGCAGCUGUUCAGGUGACCAGUUUAUUCAUCCUUUCUGAAACACUGCAAGAAGAGUACUCCCAAGAGGCUUCCCUCCAUCAUCAAGAUGGAAACCAACUCUGGAUAUUCCUCCACAGCUGAGCUGCAGAAGCAGGGAAAGAAGCUCUCGGAUGCCUUGAGGAUCAGUGCCUACGUCUUCAGCACAGGCCUGCUCAUGUUCACUGCCCUGGUGAACACUGCUUCUUGGUUUAUGCAGAAUAUAACUUUAGGCAAUUUCUGGCAAACAGCGUGGUUGGACUUCUACGACCAUGUGGAGGGAGAUGAGUGGACAAUCUUCCUCGUUGGGGCUGCAUUGGUGCCUGCACUUGCUUUCUGGGGCUUCAAUGGAAUCCUUCUGGUGGCUGAUAUAACAGGAAAGCCAACUUUCAUUACUCGCUAUCGCAUUCAGCUGGGCAAGAAUGAUCCUGUGGACAGAAAGAAAUUGUGGAAAGCCAUCUACACAGCGCUGGGUAAUCAGUUUUUUGUCUCCUUUCCCAUGCUUGUGCCCAUGUUCUACAUCAUGAAAUGGUGGGAAAACACCUUCAGCAAGGAAUUACCAACCUUCCAAUGGUUUCUUGUGGAGCUAAGCAUUUUUACUGUAGUAGAGGAAAUUCUCUUCUAUUAUACACACAGGCUUGCUCACCACCCAGUGCUGUAUAAGCACAUUCACAAGAAGCACCACGAGUGGACGGCCCCCAUCGGCGUGGUCUCCAUUUAUGCUCACCCUAUAGAGCACAUAGUCUCCAACACUCUGCCUGUCAUGACUGGCCCGAUGAUCAUGGGAUCUCACAUUGUUUCAAUCUCAGCAUGGUUCUCCAUUGCUCUUGUAACAACAAGCAUUUCUCACUGUGGCUACCACCUGCCCCUCCUGCCAUCUCCAGAGUUCCACGACUUCCACCACCUCAAGUUCAACCAGUGCUAUGGAGUGCUGGGAGUGCUGGAUUUUCUGCAUGGCACAGACAAAAUGUUCAGACAGACCAAAGCCUUCGAGAGACACAAGGUCCUGCUCAGCCUCACACCACUCUCUGAAAGCAUCCCAGAGCCACCCAAGAAAGAGGAGUGAACCAGCCCAGCAGCUCUUGGCCAGCCUGGUGAUGGAGCAGAGUGAGAGACAAUGAUUUAUGCCAAAUAGUAUUUUAAUCAGGAAACAAAUUCUUGUCCACACAUAACAGAUCAUGAAGCUGAAGUUAAAUAUGCUGCUUGGAAACGACUGCACUUUUGCUGACAUUGUUUUCUAUAUAAGACAUGUAUAAAAAAACCUGCUUUAGAAAUCUGUUUUUAAAUUUUAAUUGUUUAUCUGUUACUUGCACUGUCCCUUGGUUCCAGCUGCCUGUGUAUGAGCCAGCUGUGUUCUGGGCCACAUGGCUCAGGGUUCCCAUUGGUCAUUGGCCCACUGUCCCACAGCCCUACCUAUGGAAACAAAGCCACUUCUCCUGCUCCUCUCCAGUCCCCACAACUGCACCAGGAUGAACCCAGCCCAGUUACCUGGCCACAGUUCCUGGGGAGGGCAAGUCAGCAGAACAGAAAACCCAGGCACCACUGUCUUUUGAGCUUUUUAUUUUUAUACAUUUUUUUUGUAUUAAAAAGGAAAAAGCAUAAUUACCACAAAUUACAAAGGACUAAAGCAUUACUAGAAUAAUGAAUCACAUCAGCCUAGAAAGCAGAUACUCUGAAUAAUAUUAAUGUUAUAAUACAAGCUCUCAUUCAAGUAUUUUACAUUUUUCUCUGUUCCUUUUAUACGUGAUGAUGAUCCUAGCACAUGGGUCAAAGAUUAUGUACUAUCGACAGAGAUGGAUCAUGUACAGCAGGCCGUAUUAACAAGAUUUUCCUCCCAGGUGAUA